GGGUAGCUGCGGCCAGAGAGCUGGACACAGAAGAGGCCACGGGGCCGCAGACCGUCCCGGGCUGCGUCCCGUGCAGUGACUCGGCUCCGAGCUCCGGAAAGUCUUCAGUCCCUAGCCCUUCCCCCACGUCCCCUGCUCCGCGGAUCUUAAACAGCCCAACUCCGGCCGAGCAGGGGGCGGGGCGGGUCUGGGGAACUGAAGCCGCGAGGGCAUGUAUGUUCCCCCCCAGUGCCCCAGGGUGCCCGUCAGCAUUUCCGAGAUGAUGUCACGGCCUUCACUCUGAUGUCACGUUGAGCAUCUGACAUCGUACGCAGCCCCCAAGCCUAGGCGCCGGAGUCCUCUGACCGAAACCACGAGGUUUCCUUCGGUGGAGCCACUUGUGCGCGACCCAGGGUUGGGGGUAGGGGCCGGAGGUGGUGCACCAGCCAGCUUAUCUGGGUACCCCUUCCCCUUCCUUCUGGCUUGUCUCCUUCCUCCCCUUUCGAGGUCCGGGGAGGUUGGGGGGGCGGGAACGCCUCCCGCGCGAGCCCCGCCCCGCCCUCCUCCCCGCCUCGCCCCGCCUCCGGCCCACGGGGCCAGGAAGGGCGGAAGGGACCGCCGGGGGCCAUGGACGGGGCCGUGAUGGAAGGGCCGCUGUUUUUGCAGAGCCAGCGUUUCGGUACCAAGAGGUGGAGGAAGACCUGGGCGGUGCUCUACCCGGCCAGCCCCCACGGUGUCGCGCGGCUCGAGUUCUUUGACCACAAGGGGUCGAGCUCUGGAGGGGGCCGAGGGAGCUCGCGCCGCCUGGACUGCAAGGUGAUACGUCUGGCUGAGUGUGUGAGCGUGGCCCCCGUGGCCGUGGAGAGCCCCCCUGAGCCUGGCGCCGCAGCUUUCCGCCUGGACACCCCACAGCGUUCCCACCUGCUGGCGGCCGACGCGCCGUCCAGCGCCGCCUGGGUGCAAACGCUGUGCCGAAACGCCUUUCCGAAAGGCAGCUGGGCCCUGGCACCUGCCGAGAACCCACCCAAGCUUUCUGCCCUGGAGAUGCUGGAGAAUUCACUGUAUAGCCCCGCCUGGGAAGGAUCCCAGUUCUGGGUAACCGUGCAAAGGACUGAAGCCGCUGAGCGUUGUGGCCUGCAUGGCUCCUAUAUGCUGAGAGUGGAGGGUGAGAGGCUGACUCUCCUGGGCGUGGGGGCCCAGAGUCAGAUACAGGAGCCACUCCUUUCCUGGCCUUACACUCUGUUGCGUCGCUACGGCCGAGACAAGGUCAUGUUCUCUUUUGAGGCUGGCCGCCGCUGCCCCUCUGGCCCUGGAACCUUCACCUUCCAGACGGCACAGGGAAAUGACAUCUUUCAGGCAGUUGAGACUGCUAUCCACCGACAGAAGGCCCAGGGAAAGGCCAGCCAGGGGCAGGAUGUUCUCAGAGCUGAUUUCCAUGAAGGAGAAGUGGCAGAAGGGAAGUUGGCUCCCCCCCGGGGCCCCCAGGAGCUCGCAGGCAGCCCUCCAGCCCUGUAUGCUGAACCCUUAGACUCCCUGCGCAUUCUUCCAGGCCCUUCCCAAGAUUCCGUAUACUCAGACCCCCUGGACAGCACCCCUGCUCAGGCAGGGGAGGGGUUACAGUUAAAGAAACCUCUCUAUUGGGACUUGUGUGAGCAUGUGCAGCAGCAGCUGAUAAAGGCCAAGUUGACAGACCCCAAAGAAGACCCCAUCUAUGAUGAACCUGAGGGCCUGGCCCCAGCUGCUCUCCGGGGCCUUUAUGAUCUGCCUCAGGAGCCCAAGGAUGCCUGGUGGUGCCAGGCUCGGGUGAAGGAGGAGGGCUAUGAGCUCCCCUACAACCCUGCUACUGAUGACUAUGCCGUGCCACCCCCACGGAGCACAAAGCCCUUCCCAGCUCCCAAGCCCCAGGGCCUGGCCUUCUCUGAAUCCGGUGCUGCAGCUGGCAGUGGCAGCAAAGGCCAUAGCUCAGACACUGCCCUGUACAGCCAGGUCCAGAAGAGUGGGACCUCAGGUAGCUGGGACUGUGGGCUCUCUGGAUCAGGGACUGACAGGACUGGGGCCAAGUCAGAGGGCUCCACAUGAGAAGAAGGGCAAGGCUGGGGUUGCUGAUAGGAGGACCAUGGGGAGGUGGCACUGGGGAUCAAAGAAACCUGUUAGAACCAGCAGGAACCAGAGGGGUCUGUGUGUAGAGACCAGGGUACAAGGGGAGUCAAGGGAAGGAUGAUCUGUCCCAAGAAAUCAUGGAAGUGGGACAGUUGGCAGGGGCUCAGGGAUUGGAUCUGGGGGAGGCCAGCACCUCUAAGUCAUCCCCACCAAAGGAAGGGAUAGCUGCUGGAGCAGUACUAUAGAAAGGGGUGUUUGGUCAGAGUAGGUACAGUUUGAGGGGCCUGUAUGGAGGCUAUAGGGAGACACUGGGCUGUGUCUUGAUCCUUCCCCCUGCAUUGUUCUUUGCCAGAGAGAGAUAUUUUUUUAAAGUUUUAUCCUCAUUAAAGUCAGUUUGGGUUUAAGAAGUCUAUGUGUGUGAAUAGUCACAGAGGGGACAGAGUGGCAGGAUGUGCUGGGUAGAUGUGGAGGGGAUCAGGAGGAGAACCAGGAAGGUGUUGGGGGCCGCUGAAGGAGGAAAGGGCCUCAGGCAGGGGGGUCAAGCAGUGUGGUCGUUCAGAGCCUGGGUGGUCCAGUCAGACCCACCUGGGCUUGACCCUAUCUCUGUGACCCUGUGUGUAACAUCUGUAACCCUCAGUUUCCCCCACUGCCCCUGUGCAAAAUGGGAAAGCUUAAUUACA